AAUCAGUCAAUUACCUUCCCUCUAUUUUCAGUGCUGAACUUGUAAUUAUGCUUAACAUUACAACGUAAUGGAAAAUCAGCUCACUAGAAGAUGUUUGGACUACUCUAACCCCAUCACAAAGUUUCACACAUGCAAUCAAGGGUGGAGAGAGUGCAGGAAGUGAUUUUUCUAAGUCACACAAUAUACUUGCUAAAAACAAACAGCUUCUGAAGAGUGCUACAAGCCAUUAUUUCAAUCAGCUUGUGGUACUUAUACAAUGCAGAAAUGUGCUUGGAUUCAUUUUGGAAUAUUUUUGGAUAUGUUCAAUGAAUGCUGGGUUAGAUAAGAAAAAAAACAAAUAUUAAAAUACAUAGCAAUACAAAAGCAAAUUUUAAAAUUAGGGAAUUAGGAUUAAAAAGCGAGAACAGCAUUAACUGUUAAAAAUUCAUCAGAGCAGCCUGCCUUGGGUAGCCAUCCAGAAGAUACUGAAGAGGCUAGCCUAAGCUCCCGGGGGAGGGAGUUCCACAACUAGGGUGCUGCUACACAAAGCUAACAUCCAACAUCAAGAAAUAUUUAGGCAAUGAUAAGGUUUCCUACAUCAAAGGAAGGGAGUGGAAUAAAAAUCCAAUCCAUUUGAUCAUCAUCGUGAAAACCCUCACAUUUUAUUCAUCAAGUGCUGCUCCGGCACUGGAUGUAUAUCUUCUUUCCAACUGAAGCAAAAGCAGUAAGCUCUCUGGCUGCCUUCAGAUUCAAUCCAAAUGAAUGCAAACUAUCACGUGGGACCCAGCCAAGCAAUGACGUGAAAUUCUGCUCUGUCAGAAGACAGCAUCUGUCAAAGCCCACAUUUAAACUGCUGCCUGCCUGUGCAGCAGCCGAGGAACUAUGGAUUAGAUUUUGCAGAACAAAACCUUCAGCUAAAACCUUUUUUCACCCCUUCAGUUGUCCCUUUUGGCUACUGCCUAGCAACAAUGAAGGAAGAAGGGUAAAUCCUUUUAUCAAAUGCAAGCGAACAGCUCCCGAUUCUAGCUCUUGCUGCUCUGCCUGGCUUUGCCAAAAGAAAUAUGGAUACUGAAGAGAGAACACAGCACUGCAUUGUCCAACAAGGGAAACACCAACGGUAAAAAGCUUCAAUGCUUCCAUUGUUAGCAGCAGACAAUGCUGGUCAGAAUGGAAACAAGAAGUGCUGCUUCCGUUUCUUGAAAGAUGACUACAGAAAAAACAAGACGAGCAAGCUGGUGAGCAGGCAAGGUAGCAGAGCAGGAGGCAUACAGAUGGACACACGGGAUACCUUGAAAAGCAGUCGCAGGCAGCAGGCUGCUGGGGGGGAGAUGUGCGCAUGGCUGAUGGCAUCUUUUUGGCUGAAGGGAUGGCGUGCCAAAACUACUUGCAGUGGGCAUAAUCCUCUCACUACAAAUGGCCUGACAAAGGAAGAAAACUAUUAAUGUAGAUAUGUCGGGACUCUGAUAUCGGGCCCUGCAUGAUACAGUUGCGCUCACUUUCUCUGCCCAUCAGAUCUCAAGCUUCCCUUCUAAAUUGUUCCACAGGAAAAAAAGCACCGAAGACCUUAAUGCAGAACUCAGAAGUUUCAGGAUGUACUGCAUGCCACAAUUCAAGGAUAAACCCCCCACCUGCUCCUCCUAGUGGUGGUUAGUAAGAUGAAAUACAGCUUUUGUUCUGAAUGACAGGUGCAUCUUCUCACUGACUUUGUGAACAUCACAGGAACCCAUGGAAACAAGCCAAGCAGUGUACUGUGCCUAACAGAACUCGGCUAUAAUCAACCUUGCACCGUCUGUCCCACUACCAAUACAUGAUCAUUUUGCAACAAAACGGCCUCCAACUAGCUUGUCAUUCACUACUCAUCUGCUUAUGGCCAAAGAUGAAUUCCAGGAAAUAGUGGAGGAUCCAAAAGGAAAGAAAGCAUUUGCUUCAGUCAUUCGCGCAUCCCACAAUUGGAUACCUACAACAUGCUUCAGUGGAGGCGGCGGCACUGCUGCUUUGCCAAGAUGACCUGGAAUACCAAGCGGUCCCUAUUUCGCACCCACUUCAUUGGUCUACUCUCACUUGUUUUCCUUUUUGCUAUAUUUCUGCUUUUUAAUCAGCAUGACUGGCUGCCUGGCAGACCUGGAUUCAAAGAAAACCCUGUGGCUUACACUACACGGGGAUUUAGAUCAACGAGAAGUGAAACAAACCUCAGCUCUCUGAGGACCAUUUGGAAGGAUGCAGUUCCUCAGACCCUCAGGCCACAGACUAUUACUAACUCCAACAAUACAGAACUGUCACCUCAAGGAGUUACUGGUUUGGAGAACACACUCAGUGCUAAUGGGAGUAUUUACAAUGCGAGAGGAACUGGACAUCCAACUUCAUAUCACUUCAAGUAUAUCAUCAAUGAACCUGAAAAAUGCCAGGAAAAAAGCCCAUUUCUAAUACUGCUCAUAGCUGCAGAACCAGGUCAAGUGGAAGCUCGACAAGCUAUCAGACAAACCUGGGGGAAUGAGAGCCUGGCACCUGGGAUCCAAAUUGUUCGGAUUUUUUUGCUGGGUUUAAGUGUUAAGCUAAAUGGAUACCUUCAGCGAGCCAUCCUGGAGGAAAGCAGGCAAUACCACGACAUUAUCCAACAAGAGUACUUGGACACAUAUUACAACCUAACAAUUAAAACACUUAUGGGGAUGAACUGGGUCGCCACCUAUUGCCCAAAUGUUCCAUACGUUAUGAAAACUGACAGUGACAUGUUUGUCAAUACAGAAUAUUUAAUACAUAAGCUUCUGAAACCAGAAUUGCCUCUGCGGCACAAAUACUUUACAGGCUAUCUAAUGAGGGGUUAUGCACCCAAUCGCAACAAAGAUAGCAAGUGGUAUAUGCCACCUGAUCUUUAUCCAAGUGAACGCUACCCUGUAUUCUGCUCUGGGACUGGCUAUGUGUUUUCUGGUGAUUUAGCAGAAAAAAUAUUUAAGGUCUCACUAAGUAUCAGACGCUUACACUUAGAGGAUGUAUAUGUGGGCAUCUGCCUUGCCAAACUGCGAAUUGACCCAAUGCCUCCUCCCAAUGAAUUUGUCUUCAAUCACUGGCGGGUUUCUUAUUCCAGCUGUAAAUACAGUCACCUAAUUACCUCCCAUCAGUUCCAGCCUAGUGAACUGAUCAAGUACUGGAACCAUUUACAACAGAAUAAGCACAAUGCUUGUGCCAACUCAGCAAAAGAAAAAGCGGGCAAGUAUCGUCAUCGUAAACUCCACUAGAAGGGAUCCUGCUCUGAAAAGUAUUCCAUGUGCAGUUUGUAAAAAAAUAAAUAAAAGUGGCUGAAAGCAUGUACAGUGAAAAAAAAGUGCUUAAGAGGGACAAAACCAAGCACUUAAUGAUGUUUGAAAAUUAUUUUUUUAUGUUAAAACAAAAAAUCUAAUUCUUGAAAACAAUAUUACAAUGGAAGUAUUAACCAAAAGGUUUCCAAAUUUGAGAAGAAAGAGAAAAACGGUCUCAAGGUACUUGUGUUAAUGUGCAAUAAUAAGCAUGCACAGUUUGGUGGUACAGUUGCUAUUUUAUGUGCCAAUAAAAUUAACUGCGCAAAUAUUCCAUACGAAUUUUCCUUUUUAAAAAGAAAUGUCCAAGAUGUCUAAUUUUAACAUUCAGAAAUGCAGCAAGAAAAUAUAUACUACAAUUUUGAAGCAACCUUGUGCACAAGUAGAUUCUCUGUAUUUACUCCAGAGCCCAUGAUUUUAUGGGAUCAUCAGUGUUAAUACAUAUUUAAAGGCUCCCUUUGUUUCUACAGAAAUGUAGAGUUUUGCUAUAAGAAAACAGGCAGACCCUGAUACAAACUUCAUACUGAUCAUAACUUGGCUAAAAUGUUCUCAGUAAAGAGUAACAAUUUGAAACCAAGCCUGUCAUUACUAAACUUGAUGGCACAGUGUCAUGUGGCAAGUAACAUGCUAUAGUAUCUUGAAUGUUCCUUUUCAUACUAUACUGAGCUAUCAAAAUACAGAGGGGCUAUAUACACAAACCACUGUGGGAAUAUACCCUAAAUGUUACAGUUGUGUCCAUAUGUUCAUUUGUAAAAGAUUCACAAUCUGCAUAAUAUUAAAAACAACUUAGGCACCCCUCGUGCCAUCCAUCUGUACUUUUACAAUGUAAUUUACAGGAGCCUCUUACCAGUUGUUACUCUACAAUGCUAAAACUCUGUGGAAGAAACUCAUUUGAUACUGUCUAUAUACUCUCAUAGCAUUAGAAUGAGUCCAAAGGAGUUUCCAUGUUGACUCUUCAACUGGGCACCACAGCAUGGAAACUGCUUCGGUGCUUUUCUCCCCAGACAGGACAUGGGGGCACAAGUCACUGUCCUUGAAGGACAUCCCUUGCAUGAUCUCUUUCUUAUAAAGUAUCUGGAGUGUUCUUGAGUAGUUCCUGAGCAUGUCGCCAUAACCCUGAGCCUUCCUUUGCCAUGAAUAAGAGGAUUUUUAAACAUUAAUCAAUGGCAUAUACAGAAGGGUUGCAUGACACUGUUUUGCUGAAGCCAAGGUAGAUCUUCAAGUUCAAGUCAGCAAAAAGCUCCAUUGAUGGUAACCCCAAAUGACUGAAGUCUCUGCUCCAUUUCUCCUAACCAUACUAGGAUCUUACAGACAAUACGGUUUUACAGACUCCAUGACACAAGAAGGUAUUUGAUUAUUUUUUAUAACUUUCUUUGCCUAGCCAGCUGUGAGAGUUCAAGAGAUUCUAUUUAAGAAGCCUAAAGGCAAAACAGAAAAGUGCCAUUAUGUGAUAUUUUUCAGCCUCAUUAUAAACAUUCCCCAAACUCUUUGCAUUACACUAUGAUAUCCACUCAAUGGAACGAGAUCAGCCAAGUUUUCACCAUUUAUUGCAGGAUACUCUUCCUUAAAAGUUCCACAACAAUUCCCCAA